AUGAAAAUAUCCAGAUCAGAAGGUGGUAAGUUGGUGAUACGCGCUGAAGCAAACAGACGUCCGUCAGACACUCUUCGACUGUCGUUACCUCCGCCAAGGUGAGUUCAUUCUUCGAAUAACGAGAGACGAGAUGAUCGAUCGAUUGUUCCUUGUUUGCAGAUGCUGUUCACGCGGUUAUGGCUCGUGUUAUUCCCGUUUCUUUUCGCCGUGCCGUGGCUGUCUGGAAGUCAUGUUCCAUCUAUAUUCGCCGGCAUAAGGAGAAGUCAGGGUGUGAGAUACUAUCCCACGGUAGAAAAUCCUCCCACGGCAAAUCCUUCUUGGGAGAUGCCGCUCAGUGUUGCGGCAAGUGCCCCUCAAUACUGCGUAGCGAACAGCGUCCUGAAUUUCACGGGCAUGGGCCUGCGAAGAAUAGGGGAUUCCUUCAUUAACACGACGUACGCGAGGGAGCUGUAUCUAGACGGCAACGACAUCAAGGAAAUCUCGGAGACGGCGUUCGACUCGAUGAAAGGGCUGGAAAUUCUGAGCAUAUCCGGCAACAAUCUACCCACCAACAAACUACUAUGGUUUCACUAUCACGAAACUCUGUGGCGUUUAACCAUAGACGACAACGUCGACGACACGAGCAUGAACGAUGGCAGCGUCCAAGGCAUGCUGGAACACUUCCCAAGGCUGGAAUACCUGUCGCUAAGAAGAAACGGUAUAUCCCGCGUGGACGUUCAAUUCGACAAACUCGCGCCCGUUUUGAAUUGGUUGGACCUGUCAGGGAACAGGCUCGAGUCGUUCGAUUUCGUCGUCGAUCUGCCGAGGACCAUGAAGAACCUUUACCUCGAGGAUAAUGACUGUUCGUGCACGAUUAACAAACUUCCGAGUGGCAUCGAGUAUUUGCAGGUUAGCGGGAACAGAAUAACGGAAUUGUGCAACGAGAAUUGCUCGCACGCCUCGCUGUCGUUGAGAGGGCUGAAGAAGCUGAAGAUUCUGACCGUGUCCCGCAACAACGUCAGGUACCUGGACCUGAGCCACAAUCAAAUAAUCGAGGUGAUGAACCUGUGCGACAACAUACUGACGUCCAUAGAGACGCUGAACUUGUCCAACAAUUACAUCUCGAUGAUCGACAAUAAUUUCGUGAAUAUGUUGUACCUGAGAACGCUGGACUUGUCGAACAAUCGGAUCGCCAUACUGCCCACGAUGUUGAUAUUCAACUCGAGGUCCCUCGAGGUGCUUCUGCUGAGGAACAACAGCAUCGAGGACAUCGACGAUCUGUUCAAGAAGAACUCGUUCAAGGAACUUGAGCUACAUCUCCAGGACAAUCCGUUCUCGGCCGUGAAGUAUUCCAAUUUCCAGGUACAUUUGAAAGACCGUGACACGAGAUCAGAAUUGACGAACAGGGUAUCGAUCGAGAGUUUCGGUGAAAUAGAUGACAUAGACGACGUGGACGACACAGAUGACGUGUCUCAAUCAAAUGUUCAGUCAACGUUUGAACAUUGGUUUGUUCGAUUGCCAUUCAUUCAUUGGAGAUCGAAACUUGAUAUUUUUGGAAAUAUUCUGCAGUCAGAAGAAGCGUUUUCUAAUGAACUUUGA